AUGUGUUGUAAGCAUUUCAAUAAAAUCUCCCAUCUCAUAAACCAUCGACGGAUCCACACUGGGGAGAAACCUCAUAAAUGCAAGGAGUGUGGAAAAGGCUUCAUUCAGCGCUCUAGCCUUCUAAUGCAUUUACGGAACCAUUCUGGGGAGAAACCUUAUAAAUGUAAUGAAUGUGGGAAAGCCUUCUCUCAGAGUGCUUACCUUCUAAAUCAUCAGAGAAUCCACACUGGGGAGAAACCUUAUAAAUGUAAAGAGUGUGGAAAGGGCUUCUACAGGCACUCUGGCCUUAUUAUACAUCUAAGGCGACAUUCUGGGGAGAGACCUUAUAAAUGUAAUGAGUGUGGGAAAGUUUUUUCUCAAAAUGCUUACCUCAUUGACCAUCAGAGGCUCCAUAAAGGGGAAGAACCUUAUAAAUGUAAUAAGUGUCAGAAAGCUUUCAUUCUAAAGAAAAGCCUCAUUCUACACCAGAGAAUCCACUCUGGGGAAAAACCUUAUAAAUGUGAUGAAUGUGGAAAAACCUUUGCUCAGACCACUUAUCUUAUUGACCAUCAGCGACUCCACAGUGCAGAGAAUCCAUACAAAUGUAAAGAAUGUGGAAAGGUUUUUAUUCGAAGCAAAAGCCUCCUUUUACAUCAGAGAGUCCACACGGAAAAGAAAACCUUUGGUUGUAAAAAAUGUGGGAAGGUUUUCAAUUCUAAGUCAAAUCUCAUUGACCAUAAGAGGAUGCAUAGCAGAGAGAAACCUUAUAAAUGUACUGAAUGUGGUAAAGCCUUCACUCAGAGUGCUUACCUUUUUGACCAUCAGAGACUCCACAAUGGAGAGAAGCCCUAUGAAUGUAAUGAAUGUGGGAAAGUUUUCAUUCUAAAGAAGAGCCUCAUUUUACAUCAGAGGUUUCACACUGGAGAGAAUCUCUAUGAAUGUAAAGACUGUGGCAAGGUCUUUGGUUCCAACAGAAAUCUCAUUGACCACGAGAGACUCCACAAUGGGGAGAAGCCCUAUGAAUGUCGAGAAUGUGGAAAAACCUUCAUUAUGAGCAAAAGUUUCAUGGUCCAUCAAAAACUCCAUACACAGGAGAAAGCCUACAAAUGUGAAGAUUGUGGGAAGGCUUUUAGUUACAAUUCAAGCUUGCUUGUGCAUCGGAGAAUCCAUACUGGGGAAAAGCCCUUUGAAUGCAGUGAGUGUGGAAGAGCUUUCAGUUCUAACAGAAACCUCAUUGAACAUAAGAGAAUCCAUAGUGGUGAGAAACCGUAUGAGUGUAAUGAAUGUGGGAAAUGUUUCAUUCUGAAAAAAAGCCUCAUUGGACAUCAGAGGAUUCACACAAGGGAAAAGUCAUAUAAAUGCAAUGACUGUGGGAAAGUCUUCAGUUACCGCUCAAACCUAAUAGCUCAUCAGAGAAUCCACACUGGUGAGAAGCCCUAUGCAUGUAAUGAGUGUGGGAAAGGCUUUACAUACAACAGAAAUCUUAUUGAACAUCAAAGAAUUCACAGUGGGGAAAAAACCUAUGAAUGUCAUAUAUGUAGAAAAGUUCUUACUUCUAGUAGAAAUCUGAUGGUACAUCAAAGAAUCCACACUGGAGAGAAACCGUAUAAAUGUAAUGAGUGUGGAAAAGACUUUAGUCAGAAUAAAAAUCUUGUUGUACAUCAGAGAAUGCACACUGGGGAAAAACCAUAUGAAUGUGAGAAGUGUAGAAAAUCUUUUACUUCUAAGAGGAACUUAGUUGGCCACCAGAGAAUCCACACAGGGGAGAAGCCAUAUGGGUGUAAUGACUGUAGUAAAGUUUUUAGACAAAGAAAAAACCUUACUGUACAUCAAAAAAUACAUACAGAUGAAAAACUCUGUGAAUGUAAUGAGUCCGAACAAGAAUUCUCUCAGACUUCAAACCUUCACCUUCAACAAAAAAUCCAUACUGUGGAAGAAUUCUCUUGGUUCCAAAAUGCCAGUGACUCCAAAAUAGAGAUUAAAAAACCCAGGGUCAUGUAA